UAUCUUGCAGUGACAGGGUUGGUCACAUUUAUUUAGGAUGAGAGAUAUAAUCAGAGAUGAAGCUUUCAUUCAAAAAGAGACUGCCUUAAAAAUGUUUUCUACAACUUCUAUUACGAGUAAAUGGAAAACAGCUUAAAUAGUUAAGUGUAGUUCCAUGAUUGUGUGGAUCAGACUAUACUUGGCUCUUGAUCUAGAAGAAUUUAUAGCAAUUUUAGUGGACCAUCCUACAGUUCUUAAAGAGACACAAGUUGUUUCGAUUGACAUCCUCAGAAAUGUUGGCAUUGUCCAGAAUUGGUGUAAGUUUGCACAAGGAAUGUUGAGUGAUGAUGAUAAAGUCUUUGAUCCUAAGAUGAAACAUUUUGAAAUGGCUUCAUAUGAAGAAAGACUUGAUGGAACGCUCCACUCUUUGAUAAGAGAAGAAGCUUCAAAGUGUUUUCAGUCUAACCUAGAUUCACAAAAAUUUGUGCUUUACUCCAAUUUUAAAGGAAGAUACAAGAUACCAACUCCUUAA